GUGUGAGAGAGGGGGGCUGCUCGCAGAGCUGGGAAUGAUAUGGCCAACCUUUUCAAACACUUCUUUCUGGACAAGACAGUGGGGCGUCGUGACUUGGCAGAGUGAAGCAGCGGAUCUUGGAGGACAAAAGAACAGUAGCAACAGGACAGAACACUUCAACAGAUGAGACUCCUUAUUUGCGGAUUGGGAAGGUGAAGCAGAAAGGCUGUAUGCGAGAUUUGCCCUCCAGCACAGAGAAAUAUGACUGCGAUGAGCGACUGUAUGACCUCAAUCUCCCCGCACUGGUGAAGUUCAACUACACCGCAGAGCGGGGCGAUGAACUCUCCUUGGUGAAGGGCACAAGGGUCAUCGUCAUGGAGAAGUGCAGUGACGGUUGGUGGCGAGGAACCUAUAAUGGCCUUUCUGGAUGGUUUCCCUCCAAUUAUGUCACAGAGGAUGUGGAUGGGACGAUGAGGGGCGACUCCAUGGGCUCUCUUAAAGACAGACUGACAUCUGUGGGGCACAAUAACAAUGGCUCUCAGGUUCUGGAGACUGUACAGGCACUUUAUCAUUUCAGCUCCGGCAAUGUCGAGGAGCUGAAUUUCAACAAGGAUGAACUUAUGGAUGUGUUGGAGAAACCUGAGAAUGAUCCUGAAUGGUGGAAGUGUAGAAAAGAAAAUGGGCAAGUGGGUUUAGUGCCCAAGAACUAUGUUACAGUUGUACAGAAAACACAUAGAGAACUGGGGAAUUCAGGACCACUUUCUUCAAACUAUGACAUUAAGCCUUCUAUGGACGGAAAGUUUGGAGGAAAACCAUGGUACUAUGGCAAACUGACACGGCAUCAGGCUGAGAUGGUAUUGAACCAGAUGGGAGUGGAUGGUGACUUCCUCAUCAGAGACAGCGAGUCUACGCCAAACGACUUCUCCAUCUCUCUGAAGGCAGUGUACAAGAACAAACAUUUCAAGGUGCAGCUAACCGAUGGAUUCUACUGCAUUGGUCAGCGCAAGUUCAGCUCCAUGGAGGAUUUGGUGGAACAUUACAAAAAGGCUCCCAUAUUUACCAGUGAACAUGGAGAUAAACUGUACCUGAUUAAAGCGUUAACCUGAGCCUAUUAAGAGUUACAGACUCUGUAACAUCUAACCCUGUUAUUCAUCAGCAACAAUAUGAAACUAUGUUGACUGUGCAUUAAGAUAGUGUGGAAACUCUUUUGAUUAAAUGUUUAAAUGUAAAUGUUAGUGUAUUUACAAUUACAUACAGUAAAAAUGUGUUUGCUUCAGCAUUGCUCCAAUUUAGGAUUUUCAACAUUUAAAUGCAAACUCAGGAUGAUAAGCUAUUUUUGUAAUUGUACAGCUGUUCCAGUGCAGCAGUCCAAAAAUAAUUUCCUCACUUGCCCUUAGUGUGUACUUUAUGCUCAUGCUAUAGGCUUAUUGUGAUUGUUCAGUUUUGAAGUGGUAAGAGUGUUAAAGGGGUGGUUGAUUGCGAUUUCACUUGUUUAACGUUAGUUAGUGUUUAAUGUUGCUGUUU